GAGUUUGGACGGCGUCGUGAGUCAUAUUGGUGAGGUCAAGGGCUAUCUGGAGGACCUUAGAACAGCAGCCUUCAAUGGCACAUGGUCCCUUGUGAAUAUCCAAGACACAGCCGCCAAAGAGAUGAAUUUGACAACACAAGCGUCGCUCUCCAAUCUGAUCGCAACGCUCGACGCACUCGAGUCCCAUAGCCAAGUUUCAUGGCAUCAUAUGAUGGACAGUCUCAGGGCCGGGAGCACAAAACUCCAUGCAGAAGUGUCGACGGCGAUGGAGGAGACCAUGUCAGACAUUGGACACAUGGCCACGACUUCGCAGGAGAAGAUUGAGGAGCUCAAUCGAAUGGUCAAUGAGUUCCAGACGAAACAGGGAGACGUCCUUUGGCAGCUGCAGACCAUUCACGGGACCUGGAGAUUUCUUACAGGUGCUGCAGUGGAGAGAAUGUCUAUAGUUGAACUCGCAGCGUCGGUCGCGAUCCUCGGCGCAGUCUUUCUGAUUAGCGGUAUCAGGGCAGCCUGUAAGCCCCGGAUCGUUGAGUGUACCAUUAAUUCAACAGCACGAGUCUCUGGCAACGGCUGACCAUUUAUUAUACAGUGCUACUCGUAGUGUUGUCAAUCCUCGCUUCCAUUGGCUGUGAAAGAUUGCCGUUCCGGAUGUCAUUCCUGCAGGGCCUCCUGACUGUGAUCAGCUUGAAAAUUUGCGCGCACACUGUUCGACGGUAUCGCCCUUCUGAGGCAUCAUCCAAGGGCCAGCAAGCGCGUGAGUCCGAUGUCGUUAUGCGAGGUAACCUGGUGCAGCAUAUCGACUGUGCGCACGAGGGAGAUGUGUUUGACAACGAGAUCAGUGUUUACGACCCUCCGCCUCGGUAUUCACAAGAAGUGGGAACGUUGAUCCA